GAGCUGAAACAGAAAGUAAAGUUGUUCUUUUGUUCAGGAUCCAUUUUGAGACGACAGAGCAGAAAACACUAUAUGGAGAUUAUUGAAAAAUAAAGGGUCAGUGCUCUAAAAUGAGUCUCUCUGGGGAGAGAGAGGAGGGGGCCCUGCCUCUAAAAUGCAUCUCUCUGGGGGACAUGACACCAAAGCUAAGAGACCAAUCCAGCAGGAGAGACCAGCCUCCCCUGUUCCCAGCUGUGUGUCCAUGAAGAGUGACCGGUCUAUGGAUCCUCCUAUAAAGUUUAGAGAGGGAGACUUUUCUACUGAACAAAGAGCCUCCCUGUUCCCCUGUUCAUGUUUUGUCCACAGAAACCAACAGGAGAGAUCAGAGUCAGAGAUUCUCAGUGGUCAGUCUUCCCAGAGUCAUCAAACAGACCUGGCCUCCAUAUUCAGUAUGCUUGAAGAGAAAAUUAUGACAUUUGUGAAGAACGAGCUGAAGACGUUCAAGAGGAUUCUUAGUCCAGAACUCCCAGAAGGCUUUGAGAGUCAGAAGCAGGAUAAGGAAGUGGUGGAUGCUGAAGAUGAGCAGCAGGAGAGCAGUGCCAGAGAGGGGGCUCUGAAGAUCACACUGCACAUCCUGAGGAAAAUGAACCAGAAGGAGCUUGCUGACACACUGGAGAAAUAUGAGUUUGCUGUGAUUUGCCAACGUGAACUCAAAUCUAAUCUAAAGAAGAAGUUUCAAUGUGUAUUUGAGGGGAUCGCUAAACAAGGAAACCCAACACUUCUCAAUAAGAUCUACACAGAGCUCUACAUCACAGAGGGUGGAACAGGAGAGGUCAAUAAUGAACAUGAGCUGAGACAGAUUGAGACAACAACCAGGAAACAAGCAAGACCAGAGACUGCAAUCAAAUGUAAUGACAUCUUCAAGCCCUUAACUGGACAAGACAAACCUAUCAGAACUGUGCUGACAAAGGGAGUCGCUGGCAUUGGAAAAACAGUCUCUGUGCAGAAGUUCAUUCUGGACUGGGCUGAAGGAAAAGCAAAUCAGGAUGUCCAAUUUGUAUUUUCAUUUCCUUUUCGGGAGCUGAAUUUGAUGAAAGAGGACAAACACACUUUCAUUGAACUUCUCAAACACUUCUCAAUGGAAACCAAACAAUCAAGAAUCUCCAUCAACAACAAGUACAAAGUUCUGUUCAUCUUUGAUGGUCUGGAUGAGUGCCGACUGCCCCUAGACUUCCAGAACAACAAGAUCUGUUGGGACGUCACAGAGUCAACCUCAGUGGAUGUUCUGCUGACAAAUCUCAUCAAGGGAAAUCUGCUUCCCUCUGCUCUCCUCUGGAUAACUACCCGACCUGCAGCAGCCAAUAAGAUCCCUUCAGGGUGUGUUGACCAGGUGACAGAGGUACGAGGGUUCAAUGACCCACAGAAGGAGGAGUACUUCAGGAAGAGAUUCAGUGAUGAGGACCUGGCCAGCAGAAUCAUCUCACACAUAAAGACAUCAAGGAGCCUCCACAUCAUGUGCCACAUUCCAGUCUUCUGUUGGAUUUCUGCAAUAGUCCUUGAACACAUGUUGAGUACAGACAAGAGAGAAGAGAUGCCCAAGACUCUGACUGAGAUGUACACACACCUUGUGGAGUUUCAUACCAAACAGAAGAAUGAAAAGUAUCUUGGGAAAGAAGAGACAGGUCCACACUGGAAUAAAGAGAGCAUUCUGUCACUGGGAAAACUGGCUUUUCAACAGCUUGUGAAGGGCAAUCUGAUUUUCUAUGAAGAAGACCUGAAAGAGGCUGGCAUUGAUGUCAAUGAAGCCUCAGUGUACUCAGGAUUGUGCACACAGCUCUUUAAAGAGGAAUGUGUGCUGUACCAGGACAAGGUGUACUGCUUUGUUCAUCUGAGCAUUCAGGAGUUUCUGGCUGCUGUAUAUGUGUUCCUCUCAUUCAUCAACAACAAUGAGAAUCUAAUUGACAAACUUCAAACAACGUCCAGGAACCUUUCUGUGAGGAUCAAACAAAGGCGUAAAGUUGCUUUCUACAGGAGUGCUGUGGAUAAAGCCUUACAAAGUGAGACGGGAAACCUGGACCUUUUCCUCCGCUUCCUUCUGGGCCUCUCACUGGAGUCCAAUCAGAAGCACUUACAAGGUCUACUGACAAAGACAAGAAGCAGCUCACAGAGCCAUGAAGAAACAGUCAAGUACAUCAAGGAGAAGAUCAGGGAGAAUCCCUCUCCAGAGAGGAGCAUCAAUCUGUUCCACUGUCUGAAUGAACUGAAUGACCAUUCUCUAGUGGAGGAGAUCCAAAGCUACCUGAGAUCAGGAAGUCUCUCAAAACCCAACCUGUCACCUGCACAGUGGUCAGCUCUGGUCUUUGUGUUGCUGACUUCAGAAAAGGAGCUGGAUGUGUUUGACCUGAAGAAAUACUCCAGAUCAGAGGAAGGUCUUCUGAGGCUGCUGCCAGUGGUCAAAGCCUCCAGAGCUGUUCUGCUGUCAGGCUGUGGAGUCACAGAGGAAGGCUGUGCUUCUCUGGUCUCAGCUCUGGAGUCAAACCCCUCACACCUGAGAGAGCUGGAUCUGAGUAACAAUGACCUGAAGGAUUCAGGAGUGAAGCUGCUCUCUGCUGGACUGGGGAAUCCCCACUGUAAACUGGAGACUCUGAGGCUGUCAGGCUGUCUAGUCACAGAGGAAGGCUGUGCUUCUCUGGUCUCAGCUCUGAGGUCAAACCCCUCACACCUGAGAGAGCUGGACCUGAGCUACAAUCACCCAGGAGACUCAGGAGUCAGACUGCUCUCUGCUGGACUGGAGGAUCCACACUGCAGACUGGAGAAACUCAAUGUGGAACAUGGUGGAGAGAACAGAAUGAAACCUGGACUUAGAAAAUAUGUCUGUGAUCUCACACUGGACCAAAACACAGUAGACAGACACCUCUCUCUGUCUGAGGAGAACAGAAAGGUGACAUGGAGGACAGAGAAGCAGCCGUAUCCUGGUCACCCAGAGAGAUUUGAGGACUGUGGACAGGUGCUGUGUAGAGAGGGUCUGACUGGGUGCUGUUACUGGGAGGUAGAGUGGAGUGGGAGUGGGGCUGUUAUAGGAGUGACAUAUAAAGGAAUCAACAGCAGAGGAGGGGUUAAGAACUGUUGUCUUGGAUACAAUGACAAGUCCUGGAGUCUGUUCUGCUCUGACAACAGUUACAUUGCCUGGCACAAUAAUAAUCCCACUACCAUAGACGUCCCCUCCUCCAGCUCCCACAGAGUAGGAGUGUAUCUGGACUGGCCAGCCGGCACUCUGUCCUUCUAUAGAGCCUCCUCUGACACACUGACCCACCUGUACACAUUCACCUCCAAAUUCACUGAGCCCCUCUAUCCAGGGUUUAGGAUUGAUUAUGACUCCUCAGUUUCUCUGUGUCAGGUAAAAACUUUAUUUUUUUGAAUAAUUAAAUAAUGAAAUAAUAACACACACUGGACACACCUGACUCACACACACACACUGGAUACACACACACACACGCUGGACACACACACACAGAACACACGCAUACACAGACACCCAUACACACUGGACACACACACACACUGGACACACACACACACUGGACACACACACACACACUGGACACACACACACACUGGACACACACACACACUGGACACACACACACAUACACACAGUCACGGAUACAGGUAUCCUGUGUUCUUUUCUCUCCUUCUCCCCUCACAGGUGAAAAUCAUCACUCCCCAAUCAGUCACCAAUCAUCAAUCAGAAGACACACCUCCUCCUGUUUCCUACACAAAUCACAGUUCCUUUCCCUUGGUUUAAAAACCCCAUCAGUUGUUUGCUCUAGAGCUCAAUCUCUCUGUAAAUGCCUUGUCUUUAGGUCUCUCUGUUUCACGCUCUCUUUAUUUAUUGAGCUAUCUUUUGUUUGAGCACCUCCAUAGCACUUUGUCCUCACCUGUGAGUAUUGUUUUGGUUAUGGUGUUUGUUUGCUGGUGGGAAAAGGGGAAACCAAGACAAGUCGCCCAUGGGCAUACACUACCCGUAGGUAAACUUUGUUAAAUACACUAGUUAGAACUGGGUGGACCACCCACUGUCUUUUUGGUUAGUUAGCUGUUAAAGUAGGCUAGUCUAGCUUCGGGGUGUUUUUGAAUAAUUCUUUUUUCUUUCCUUGGGUCCAGCUCAGCCCCUUUUCCUGCUCCCCCCAUUACCGUGUGUUUUAUUAAUAAACCCUGAGUUUGACGGUA